AUGGGUGAACCUUACGGGCUACCGGAGGAUCUCCGGCGGCUUAUAUCAGCAAGAAACCAUUUCAACAUCAACACAAGUUUACCAGAGUCACUGUGUAGUGUCCACCAUGGACUGAACGUUGCUGCUGCUGCUGCUCCUCCUCCUCCACCUAAUAGCUACGACCCCAUCAUGGUUGGGGAUGUUUUCUUCCCUCGUGGCUUCACUCACUUUGCACACCAUGACUAUUUAUCCAGUGUCAACCCCACAACUAACACCACCACCACCACCACCACUACUACUAAUACUACUACUGCUGCUGUUGAUGCUGCUACUGCGUUGGACUAUGCUACUGCUCCAUUCUGUGGCAUACAGGCUGCAGAAAAAGGGUGGCUUGGGUUUGAUUCUGGGAACAACAGGUGGCCUAGACAGGAAACUCUUUCUCUUCUAGAGAUCAGAUCUCGUCUUGAUUCCAAGUUCAGAGAGAAUAAUCAGAAAGCACCCUUGUGGAAUGAGAUUUCUAGGAUAAUGGCUGAGGAAUUUGGGUACCAAAGAAGUGGAAAGAAAUGCAAAGAGAAGUUUGAGAAUUUGUACAAGUAUUACAAGAAGACCAAGGAAGGUAAAGCUAGUAGACAAGAUGGAAAGCACUACAGAUUCUUCAGGCAGCUUGAAGCAAUAUGUGGAGAAGCAACCGCUCAUGCCUCAACUUCAAAUAAAACCCAUCAUGCUGCAAACACUUCUGGUAUUCAAACUCCAAGCUUCAAAAUUAACCAAGACAAUGGUGAUUUUAAUAACCUCAAGUGCUCAGAGAGCCUCAGUUUCUCAAAUUCAUCUGAAUUUGAGACAUCCUCAUCUGAAAACAAUGAUGAGGAUCUUUCAGCUAUUGCAUACAUGAUGAAGCAAUCAAGGGGUAAGCAGAAAGGUUUAGACCAGCAGAGAGAAAGUCAUAGGAGGCUCAGAAAAAGUUGGAGAGCUAAAGUGGAGGAGAUUGUGGAUUCCCACAUGAGGAAGAUUAUAGAGACUCAAGAUGCUUGGAUGGAGAGAAUGUUGAGUGUUGUUGAACAAAGAGAGCAAGAGAUGGUGUCUAAGGAGGAAGAAAGGAAGAAAAAAGAGUCAAUGAGGUUUGACCAAGAAGUACAUGAACUUUGGGCUAAAGAGAAAGCAUGGGUUGAAGCAAGAGAUGCUGCAUUGAUAGACAUUGUGAGGAAACAUAUUGGGAUAGAACUUGAAACAUUACCAUUAGAUGAAGCUAUGGUUGAAGAACAACCAAAUAAGAAUAAGGGCCAUGCAAAUAAUGAUGCCAACGAAUAUCCCAGUGAAGCUGUUGAUCAUAGCAGUAGCAGAUGGACAGAAAUGGAAAUUUCAAAUUUGAUACAGCUAAGGACUGGUUUUGAACAUCGAUUCAGAGAAAAUGGGUACUUGGAAAAUGGCCUUUGGGAUGAAAUAGCUGCAAAAUUGGCUUGUUUGGGCUUUGAUAGGAGUGCAACUGAGUGCAAGCAAAUAUGGGAUGAGAUUAGCAUCUCUCUCAGAAGAACAGUGGAUUCUGGUGCUAAAACAAGGCCUUGGUGUUUGGGACUUAAGCUUAGGGAUGAUGAUGACCUUUGA